CAUUCUGUGACCUACCUUCGCUUAUCACAACCCAUUUCUAUUCAUCCUUUUCAUUCUGUGACUUACCUUUGCUUAUCACAACCCAUUUCUAUUCAUCCUUUUCAUUCUGUGACUUACCUCUGCUUAACACAAGCCAUUUCUAUUUAUCCUUUUCAUUCUGUGACUUACCUUUGCUUAUCACAACCCAUUUCUAUUCAUCCUUUUCAUUCUCUGACUUACCUUUGCUUAUCACAACCCAUUUCUAUUCAUCCUUUUCAUUCUGUGACUUACCUUUGCUUAACACAAGCCAUUUCUAUUCAUCCUUUUCAUUCUGUGACUUACCUUUGCUUAUCACAACCCAUUUCUAUUCAUCCUUUUCAUUCUGUGACUUACCUCUGCUUAACACAAGCCAUUUCUAUUUAUCCUUUUCAUUCUGUGACUUACCUUUGCUUAUCACAACCCAUUUCUAUUCAUCCUUCUCAUUCUGUGACUUACCUUUGCUUAACACAAGCCAUUUCUAUUCAUCCUUUUCAUUCUGUGACUUUCUUUUGCAUAUCGCAAACCAUUUUCCAGGCUCCCCAUUUGGCUUUACGUAUUUCGAACUAUUUCGUUGAGUCUUUUUCUAUUUGCAAUUUAGCUUGAUAUACCAAACAAUACCUGCUACUUUGCAUUACUACUCUUUUUCAGUCUGCAUCUUAGUUUCAAGUAUCAUUAACUGCUCUCAUGUACUACAGUCUUGCCUGCUUGCUUGCAGUGCAUCCAGCCUGCAAGCUAACUUAACAUAUAAAUCGUUGUUGAUAGUUUCAACAGUGUUCAAUUUACCUUGAGACAUCACGAGUCGUUGCUGAUAGUCUCUUUCAGUCUACGAAAUUGCAUUGAUACAAUUGACCUUUUGUAUCAUGUUUCACGCCCUUUCCUGGCAAUAUCGUAGCUGCUGUCAUGUUACUUGAUGUGUUUUUUGCGUUUAACACUCUUCUUAUGUUCUUUUAUGUUGCCAAUGAUACCUUCUUGGCUUCUUUAGUUUUCAGGUAACGGCAAGGGCGUCUUUGAGACGCAAGAAGAGCUCAGAUGACACUUUAAAAAACAGUCUUUACGAGCAGUCGAAGAGUUUGGGAACUGAUAACAUUAAAGAUAACGAGGCAAAUGAAGUGGAUUUGGAUUCCAUGGACGAGGAAGAGGAUGAGGACGAAGAUGGCGAAGAGUUAACAGACAGUGAUGAUUUUCAUUCGGACCACGCGCCUGAAGGCGAGGAUGAUGAGUUGAUCCUGUCGCUGCUUGAGCAGCAUUUCGAUUAUUUGGCUGAAGACAUGCCAAACGAGGCUGAUGCUAAGGAAGAGCUAUAUCAGGUUAAUUCUAGUCCUGGGAGCGAACAGAAGCAGAAGAAAGGUCAAGGCUUUUUGAGUAGAUGUCGUUCAAGUAUUUCUGCAAAAUUUCUAUCCAGAUCACAGAAGACAGGGAAGAAUUCUCAAAUUUCAGAAGAUCAGAAGAAACGUAUUGAUAUGCUUAAAAGGGUAAUGGAUCAAAAUCAAAACUAUGGAUCAUCAGGUUUACGCGCAGGCAACUCAAAAGAGGCUCGAAGGAUGAAAAAGCUAAUGGCCCAGUCAGAACCGAAUCUUUCCAUCGGGAUCGCACCUCAAAGCAAAACGGGUCGCAAGACAAAUCAUCGGAGAGGCUCUGGGAUUUCGGCUGACAGCAGCAGUGAGCUACGUGUGAUUAAAGAAAAAAAGAUUCCAGAGGACGAUUUCCAAUCAAGGGACCGGGUAAAGUAUUUGAGAGCCAGCAGUACUUCUUCAGCAGAGCAUGAAAAAUCUGCAUCUGAGUUGAUAAAUUUGUUCAACCUAAGAAGCAGUACCCCGAAACAUAAACUAGACCUUCCUUUUAGCCAAGUGGGUAAGUCUAUCAAAUCAUAUAAGCAAAGAAGCAGUCCUGGGGUCUCCCCUGUCUCUUCUCCAACGAAAUUGAAACAAAGCUGGAACCAGUUGAAGGAAGAUAAAACGCAUGAAGGCAUUCCAGCCAACUCGAUGAAAGAAGGGGCUGUUAAAAGAAGACCUAAGGCUGAUGAUCGACCAAGGUUUCGAAGCCGUCCAAAGUCUCUUGUUUUACCUUUACAAACGUCUCUCGAUGAAUUGAUUGAAGUCCACUGCAGCAAAACUAAUUCUGACUCUGAGUUGAAUGAUGACUGUAAACUAGAGAGCAAAAAGAAAGCACAUACCCGUGUGGAUGAUGAGAAGCCUGGUAAAUACGCAGAAUCUUCUCAAAGCAAAGUUAACUCAAAUAAGGCAUCGGUUAUCGUCCGGCCGAUAGAAAUAGAGGCUGAUGACAGUCUAGAGAGCUCUGCAAGGAAAUCAACUUUAGAUAACACAGUGAUUUUCAAUGAUGGAAAGAACAUGGAAGUAGCAAAUGAAGCGCCUUCGCAAGAUCGUGUGGGGUGUAUUGAGGCUCAUGCCGGCACUACAACGUGUACUUCAGAGAACCAAGCAACGUUAAACGUGAAGCUUGUUGUCAGAAGCAAAGAAGUUGCUCCUGCCAGAGAAGAGCCACAAAGAGAGGAAGGCGAAGCAAACGAGGAAGCGAAACCGAAACACGAUAAUGAAAAGAUAGAGACAGCUUCAGAUGAACCAUCAUCUUCAACUCCGACGGAGUCUGGGGCAUUGCUAAUAACAGAAUGUCAAGCAGCUGUCAGUCACUUGUUGGCAUCCUUUGAUGCAAUAUCAAGUUUUCAAGAAAAGGUGUUCAAAAGUGGAGACGUGAAAAAUAAGGAUGAAAUUGUAAAUAUGCUCUCGAGCACUUAUUGUACAGUUGCUAACGUUUUGACAAAACAACAAAGGAACCUCACAAAUGUUUCUGUUGCUAUUACUGAUGCUGGAAUCGACAUACAGGCCAAGCAGGUUGCAUCGUCAAUUAGAAAUAUGGAGGAGAGCCCUAGUUCUACUGCUGAUAAAACGAAGCAAGUUGUUGGCCUAUUGGAACAGUAUUCUGAUGCCAUCGUUAGAUUAGUUGAAGUAAAGCUUGCGAAUAAAUCGUGAAUUUUACAAGUUACAUAGAAAUUUUUCAAAUUCAAAGCCAGGUAGCUUUCACUUAUUCUUGAACAAUGGCAGUUGCCUUUUUCUUUUGAAACCAGCCGGAAAAAAAUAUUUUUGUAUAGUUUAACAUGAAGUACGAUUCUUCAAACAUUGUUACAAGUUUUACUUUAUGCCGCGAACAGAUCUUUAAUCAGUAGGGGUGGAUGUUUCACGAACCAUUGCAAAGUACUUUAGUAUAUUGAAAAAUUUUAAAAGAUGGUAAAAGAAGAUUCCGAUCUUCGCCUGCGUUGAGACAAAUUCUGCUCACGUGACAUUCUAACAGCUUUUGUUUGGCCAGUUUCUAGUUCUAUUCGAAGAAUCGGCCCUAGUAAACGAAUCUGUUCAAUGCAUUAACGUAUUCUUCCGUUAGAAUAAUAUGCCGUUCAGGUCAGCUAUUUAUUUAAAAUAUUUCGAUAACGUCAGUAGCAGCAAAGCAGCUGGAUAAUUGACACUCGUUCGUCUUUGAAAUCAGCAACGAAAAUUUUCGUUUUUCCUGUUAAUUGAAAAUUGUUGUUUAAAGUAGUGUCGUUUUGUUAGUUCCCGUAACACAAAUUGUGUUUAAGGAUUAACAAUGUUUCGUCACAUGAUGUGCUUAACUGAGUUUCGGUCCAUUUAGUUCUUUUUGAUUAUCUUUUUCAUAUAAUUUUGCAUGAAAUUUUACCAACAACACCUCGAUGAGCUCGCACGACUAUGAACUUUCAUUAAGUGAUGACGCAACAACUGUACUUUCGCUAGAAAUAUCACAAUGCUAAACACAGACGAAUAGUAAAAGGUGCAAACUGUUUCGAGGGGCGCAAAUGAAUUAUUUUUGGAGGAGAUAUGGGUGUCAGGACAGGCAUGAACGACUCGCUUACGAAAUGGACCGACCCCUAAAAACCAAUCUAAGCAGAUAAAUACAAUUAAAAUGUAAAAAGAAUACGUUUGAGGAAAUGGCAAGAGACAUCGCACUUUGAAAAAUUGGGGAACUCAUUCUCUUUGGAAAUGUAGUGGCCUUUUUGUACUUUUUAGGGGUACCUAAAGAUACCAGAUGAAAUAAUUAUCUUUGUUUUGCUGUAAAUUUUCUUUAAGAGCAGUCUCUUGUAUGGAAGAUACAGCACUAAUGGGGCACACAAGUCCUGAAGAUACACUAUGCAAGAAAGGUUCGGGGGCAUGCUCCCUCGAAAAAUGUGAGUUUCAAGGCCUCUUGCUUGGCUCUGAUGGCCUCCUGACCACUGACCAAAUCCCCCCUUACCCCCCAAUUUGCGUCCCUGACUGUUUCAUCCAGAGUUAUUUUGGCUAUUAGAAAUCUCUUUUAUAAUGGGGUAGCAAGAAUAGCAGCGUCUUGGAACCCGAUUUGUCUAGAGCAACUCGGAGCCUCGAUUCUGAGUGUUUUUCAAGAUACCCUGAAAUUGAGAGCCAAAGUGAGGCUUCAAUAUUUCGACCUUGUCAAGUAUAUCUUCUUGCGUCCACUUCCUUGCUAAUUUGCUUUUAAAGACAACUGUUAUUGCAAUCUUUAUUUAAGUAAAAAUA